GCAAGUAAACAUUUCCGCUGUGUCGCGAUGGACUCAAACAAGGACGAAGCGGAACGUUGCAUUAAAAUAGCAUUAAAUGCGGUCGGUAAUAAUCAGCUGGACAAAGCCAGAAAGUUUCUGGAGAAGGCUCAGCGCCUGUUUCCAACAGAUAAGGCCAAAAACCUGUUGGAGUCUUUAGCGCAGAAUGGGAAGCCUCCAGACGAGAACGGCAGUGCUGUAAACGGAGGUGGACCCGGCCUGAGACACCGCGGCGAGAGAGACGGAGCUAAUGCGUCUCAGGGCCCCGCGGAGUCCGACAAAUCUUACACAGCAGAGCAGCUGGAGGCGGUCAGAAAGAUUAAGAGCUGUAAAGAUUACUACCAAAUUCUGGGAGUGGAAAAGUCAGCUUCUGAGGAGGACCUUAAGAAGGCCUACAGGAAGCUCGCCCUGAAAUUUCACCCUGAUAAAAAUCAUGCGCCCGGAGCUACGGAGGCUUUCAAAGCCAUUGGCAACGCCUACGCUGUUCUAAGUAACGCUGAAAAACGAAGACAGUAUGAUCAGUAUGGGGAGGAGCAAGCACAACCAAGCAGACACAGACAUCAUCACGAUUUUGAAGCAGACAUUUCUCCUGAGGACCUUUUUAACAUGUUCUUUGGUGGAGGCUUCCCAACAAGUAACGUCCAUGUUUACAGGAAUGGAAGAAUGCAUUUUGCACACCAGAAUAGACAAGAAAGAAGAGAACAGCAGAGAGAUGGCGGCUUUGCUCUGCUGGUCCAGCUCAUGCCCAUCUUAAUUCUCAUUGUUGUUUCUGCUCUCAGCCAGUUGAUGGUCACGCAGCCUCCGUACAGCCUUAGCUAUCGUCCAUCAGCUGGACAUAUUCAAAAAAGGCAAACGUCACACCUAAAGGUGCCUUUCUACGUGGGGGACCGUUUCAAUGAAGAAUUUACAGGCAAUAACCUGAAGACUGUUGAAAGAAGUGUAGAAGAAGACUAUAUCUCUAACCUAAGAAACAACUGCUGGAAGGAAAAGCAGCAGAAGGAAGGCUUGCUGUAUCGUGCUCGUUACUUUGGGGACUCAGAGUUGUACCAACGGGCCCAGAGAAUGGGGACCCCUAGCUGUUCCAGACUAUCUGAGAUUCAGGUCAUACUGGAUGGCUAGGAGAGACUUGCACACACAUGGUUCGUCGGUACUUGAAUCUACUGGGAAGAAAUGAGUCUGAGCCCACUCUAAUUGGAGCAUAUUUCUGCAGCAAACCAAGAGAAUCUAACCAAGCCUUACACUCUGUGUGCAGAGGCGCCUCUAAAGGGGCCUCCCUGUCACUCCAUCCACUUCCUGUAGAGCUGCGAGAAGCUUUGAGCUGCCUGCUGACAUUUGCUUCUCCUCCUGUCUCAACCAGUGGUGAGAGUCCGAUGGGCGUCAUGGCGGAAAUUGAGCGUGCUGUUAUCUGUUUGAGUGAUAAAGAAGGCUGCUGAGAUUAGCUUCCUCUGUCCUGAUCUUUUUAUUUUUUAUUUUUCCUGGAGAAACCUGAAGGCCUUUCUUCACUGAUAAGACAGUCUGAGCCACUCUAGAGGAAUAAAGUUUUUGUCAUUUUUAUAGUUCUUACCGAUGUAAAUACUCAUUUUACUUAACAGUGCAGGGGAUGGUAGUCAUUUACAAAACUGUUUUGUGAAUUUGCUUGUAGCCUGUUGGAUCAUAACUAGUAACAAUUGUUGCACAAAUAAAAGGAAAGCAUAUUUAUUAAAUUAACAACCUAAAAUUCUAUACAUUUGUUUGAAUAAAAGUUGUCCAAUCAUU